UGUACCAAGAGUAGUCGUCCUCGUGCUGGUGCUCUUUACUCUUGUUGUCUUGGUCUUUGUGAAAUAUUUUUCGAGGGGCUCCGGCGUUAAGCGGAUCUGGGAAGUGUAUUGCGCUUUUUCUUUUCAGUGGAAAAGAAUUGUUGUACUCCCGAUUGUUCUGACGUAUUUAAUCUCUGCAUUGCAAUUCAAGUCGCGGCUGUGCUCCACCGAGGUUUUAGUAAGUCGUAGAGGCAUUGGGCAAGUGCUGCAUGAAGUGUGUUUUUGCUUGAGGAAUAGUUACAACGCGGAUGCUGAGUGAUAUUCAAGGAUGACACUGAAGUGAGGUUAUUAUCUUUAGUUCCGCAGAUAUAGUGGCGUUGAACCACUGCAUACGAAAACCUUUCUAGCUGAGUACUUAAAAAGAAAACUGUUGCAUUAUGUGAUUUCAACUGUGUUCAAUUGCCAUUAAAGGGCUAAGCUCAGAAGUGCCUCGUGACAGAGCUAGCUCUAAAAUCCACAAUCUUGUAAUCAGUACGUAAUUUGUACAGAAGGUGAGACAGCGCACAAGCUCGUACGUGCUACCCGAAAGAAAUCUCCCAGAGGGUUUCAGAACGACACAGCUCUUGUGCCCUACCAUGACUACGGCUACAGGAUUUUGAAGUAAAACCUGCGAGUGAAGAGGUUCUUGUGACGAUGUUCGGACGAAUUGUGGAGGUGUGACGAGCUUAUCUGAAGCGGCCAGGAGGAGCAUACUGUAAGUGAGAUGGAGCAGAGUGCCGACGCGGCGCAAUUGAGGGGCCGUGAAAUGGCAACGGAGAUUUCUGAGUUUUUUCAAUCAUCAGAGGUGGAUAAAACCUCAAGUCCGACGCUGUUGGGGCUUUCAGAUGUUCUGAACGGCACAGCCGACUGGCUAAGCGGGAAGAAUGGGGAUCUAAGGGAGUUGCUUGGGUUCAAUCCGAAACCGAAUGCCGACAGUGCCAAAGAACAGAAACUCGCGGAAUGCCUGAAGAAGCUCGCAGCAUUCCAGAGGUCUGCCGUCGAGGAGCUCCAAGAAGAUGACGCUCCUCAGCCGAAAGACCUUAAUAGUACUCUGUUUUCUGCACGGUGUGUCCAACCGUGCUUAGAGAAAAGUAACAAACCUUUGCCCGAGGUGGGCGAUACUGUUUGCAAGCUCCUUCGUCCGAAAGUAGCCGAAGUUAACUCAGUGAAGAAUGUAAAGCGGCGCGAGGUGAAAGAGGUUCAACACAAAUCUUGGUCGAACUCCACAAGAUCUCCAGUGCGGCCAAUACAAGGAACGGGAGUCAAGAGUGACAAAUCGACCCGACCAACGAACAAGUCACCUAAUUGUGCAUCUAACUCAAGACAGUAUGUCAUACACUCUAAUCCUCUUGCAAGUGGUCGCAGAUUGUCUGCCGCAGGAUCUAAACGGAAAGAUUCAAUAGUGACAAUGCAGAAGUCACCCACCAAGUGUAAGCGCAUGAGCAACUCCCCAGCACUCAAGUCGAAGCCAGCUGAGAAAAAGAGAGCUGACGUUGGUGGACAGGAUGGAAAUGUUUCUGUAGUAAGGAGCUAUUUAGAGAAAACUCCUACCUCCAAAAGCAAGGUGCCGAGGCUUACGGAUAGGCAAAAAGAAAUUCUCAAGAGGGUGAUGAUGAACAGUCCAAUGUCUGCGAAGAAAAUGACUCAGAGAGAGAAGAACAAUGCCCUCCUUUCAAGCGUCGACCUUUCCGCCGCGGGCCGCAGAGCUCGUCGUCUGUCGCAAGUUCUUAGAAAUGAGCAUGAAGUUACGCAUCAGAACCACCAGUAUGCAGAAGAAUUGCAUCAGCUGCAGCGGCAAUAUGCUAUUAUGGAAGACGAGGCCGAUAGGGCGCAAUCAGCGGGCAUGCUGCUGAGACAGGUGUGUGCCAACCAGGCCGAAGAGCUGAAGGCCUACAAAGAAGCGUUUCCGACCCUCUGCAAGGAUUUGAUCGAACUCCGAGACGAAUACCAGAAGCGAGAGAAGGAACUGAAGCUGGAAAUCCGUGCCAAGCUCAGCCUCCAGGCAGAGGUUUCCAAACUUCGGGAGCGUGUUGACUCUUUAUCAACUGACAUUAAACAGACGAGAACGUUAAACACCGUCCUCGCGGAACGUGUUCAGCAGCAUGAGAAGACGCAGUGCACAAGCUGUCGGCUUUAUAUAAAUCAAAAACCGGUCAAGAAAGCGAUUUCCCCUAUGGCUGUAAAGAAGGCUGGUCAUCCUCUGGAAACGCCACCGAGACCACGAUCAGAGUUGAAGUUUGGGAAAAGGAAUAGUCCAAGGCUCUCCGUGGUCCCAAUGACAGAGGUCGAGAACGAUGUCCAUCUGGAAAACAAGAAAACGAUUCUCAUGGAACAAAGAGAAGAUACCUACAACUGUCAAAAAGAGUUCGUGCAACACGACUCUGCCCUCCAUGUAAGGAGCGACAAUGUCCCUCAAAAACCUUCAAGCACAGAUUGUCCUCCAGUUGAUGCAUUGAAGAGCAGAAUCAAUAGCCUCUUGCUCACUGCUUCUCAAGCUGUAGAAAGUUGAUAGGCAUGUAAAAUGCUGGAAAGCAGUUGUAAUCUAGACUGUGGUAAUUUGCUUCAGUAUCCAUAUUCAACGGGCAGCAAGGUAGAGCACUUGUUAACGGGAGUUGGCGAGGGCCUGGGAUAUCAAUGCCGAUGGGAUUUGUGUGCAUGAGUGAAGGCUUACAUCACACUCUGCGUCAUGACGCCCCGGCUGAGGCUUUCGUACAUUUGAGGACAGCGAAUCAGAAAAGACAUUGUAAAUUUAUUUGGUGUGGCAAGAUCAGUCUGUUGCAACCGCUAGUUGGAGCAACUGAUUUUGAUCCUAUCAAUUCUUGUAUGGGCAGUAGAAUGAACUACUAGAUACUCCUUUCCACUAUAGCUCUAAGUUGUGAAGUGACGAAGAAAAAAAAGUGAAAGUAGCAGAUGAUUUUUUUUGUAACGUAUAAAAGUCAAAAUGGAAAUGUCUUCAUCACA